AUGCUCCCGACCCUGCGCGUCAUGGGCAGCCCCCGCUCCGUGCUGAGCUGUUUGCUGUUGCACUUGUUGGUCCUCUGCCUCCAAGCCCAGGUAACUGUUCAGUCCCCACCUAAUUUUACACAGCAUGUGAGGGAGCAGAGCCUGGUGACGGAUCAGCUCAGCCGGCGCCUCAUUCGGACCUACCAGCUGUACAGCCGCACCAGCGGGAAGCACGUGCAAGUCCUGGCCAACAAACGAAUCAAUGCAAUGGCAGAGGAUGGAGACCCCUAUGCCAAACUCAUAGUAGAGACAGACACCUUUGGAAGCAGAGUACGAGUCCGGGGGGCUGAGACAGGCCUGUACAUCUGCAUGAACAAGAAGGGAAAGCUGAUCGCCAAGAGCAAUGGCAAAGGUAAGGACUGCGUCUUCACGGAGAUUGUACUGGAGAACAACUACACAGCUCUUCAGAAUGCCAAGUAUGAAGGCUGGUACAUGGCCUUCACCCGAAAAGGUCGGCCCCGGAAGGGCUCCAAGACCAGGCAGCACCAACGAGAGGUCCAUUUCAUGAAGCGGCUACCCAAAGGUCACCACACCACAGAGCAGAGCCUUCGGUUUGAGUUUCUCAACUAUCCCCCCUUCACUCGAAGCCUCCGAGGCCAAAGGACUUGGGCUUCUGAGCCCCGAUAGGGCCCCUGACCCCUCCCCAGGACUUUGAGUAGAGACUUUUCUCUUAAGAGGAUAACAGAGCAGCUAAACAGAAUGGACCUAUAUGGGGAGGGGGGAGGGGAGUUCCUGGGUUCUAGAUGUGGAUAAUUGUUUGCUGUUGGGUUUUUUUUUUUUAACAAAAAGAAAAAAAGAGGCUUUAUUUUUGUAUUCCACUUGGCUGUGAUUGUCUUCUUCACCCUUCCCCAAAGGUCUCGUUCCUAGGGCCAAACCUGG